AUGAGUGGUGAGAGCACCGUUGCUCAGAUCAUCAUCAACAGCCUGUACAAUGCGGGCGUCCGCCUGGUGUUCGGGGUGCCGGGCGCCAAAAUCGACGCCAUCUUCGACGGGUUGAUGGACCAUCCCGAGAUCAAGCUCAUUGUCGCCCGGCACGAACAAAACGCUGCAUUCAUGGCCGCCGCCGUGGGGCGCAUCACUGGAAUCCCAGGAGUCUGCAUCGGCACCAGCGGGCCAGGAUCGUCGAACCUUGCUACGGGACUCGUCACGGCGACGACGGAGAACGAUCCCGUGCUGGCCCUGGUGGGCUCGGUGCCGCGCCACAUGAAUCUCAAGCGCACACACCAGAGCAUGCGCGCGCUGGAUAUCCUGGGGCCGACGGCCAAGGCUGCCGUGGGCAUCGACAUCGAGGACCAAGCCGCAGAAGCGAUCGUCAACGCCUUCCGGUCCGCCAACGCCGCGCCCAAGGGCGCCGCCGUCAUCUCUAUCCCGCAGGACGUCGCAAAGGGCACGUCAAAGAUCCUCCCGUUCCCGAGCGACGCGUUCGUGCCGCCCAUGUACGGGCCCGCGCCCCUGCAGAAGCUCGACCAGGUGGUCCAGAUGAUCGAGAGCGCCCAACUCCCCGUGCUCUUCCUGGGCAUGAGGGCAAGCAGCCCCAAAGUCGUCACCGUCGUGCGGCGCCUGCUCUCCAAAUUCCCCCUACCGACGGUCGAGACGUUCCAGGCGGCCGGCGCGGUGCCCAAGGAGCUGGUGCACCUGUUUUACGGCCGGGUUGGGCUCUUCCGCAACCAGGUGGGCGACAAGCUGCUGUCCAGAUCUGACCUGGUGCUCGCCGUGGGAUACGAUCCCGUAGAGUACGACGCCAACCUGUGGAACCCGCACGGCACCCAAAAAAUCGUGCACAUCGACUUCACAGCUUCGGACUAUGGGACCUAUUAUCAUCCUGUCGCGGAGCUGCUGGGCUCCGUGGUCGAGAACGUCACAUACCUGUCCGAUCACCUCUCCAAGAUCUCGGACUCUAACACCAUCUCGGACCUCUGCCGGGGAUUGAUCAGGGAGUACACCAUGUGGCAGGAGAGGCCUGAGGUGAAGGGCGGUUCUUCGUCUCCCUCGGGCAAGGUCCAUCCCCUGCAUUUCAUCAAUACCUUGCAGGGGCUUGUGUCCAAGGACACGACCGUUUGUGUGGACGUUGGCUCGGUGUAUAUCUACUUCAUGCGGUACUUCUUCGCGUACGAGCCGCGUCGAUUACUCACCUCCGACGGCCAACAAACCCUCGGCAUCGCGCUCCCAUGGGCCAUCGCCUCCAGCCUCACCCAAUCCCCCCCAUGUUCCGAAAAAGUGAUCUCCAUCUCCGGCGACGGGGGCUUCAUGUUCUCGUCCCAAGAAAUGUCCACCGCGGUCCAACAGGGCUGCAACAUCACGCACUUUAUCUGGAACGACGAGGCCUACAACAUGGUCGAGUUCCAGGAAGUCAUGAAGUACGGGCGCGCGUCCGGCGUCGCGCUCGGCGGUGUCGACUUCGUCAAGUUUGCAGAGAGCUUCGGCGCGAAAGGGUUCCGUAUCGAGAGGGCGGAGCAGGUCGAGGAUGUUCUCCAAAAAGCCCUCGCGUAUGAGGGAGUUAGUGUGGUUGAUGUUAAUAUCGAUUAUUCAGAAAACGCGGAGCUGGCAAAGAAUGUCAUUGCAGAUGAGUGGAAUUGA